AUGACCCUGCCGAGCAAGUAUCAGAACGGAAGCAUCGACUCCUCGCUUAAGGGAGCGUAUCGAGCCUCGCCCGUCAAGCUCCUCAUCUACGGUGCAGGAACCAGCAAACAGCUUGCAGAUGUGGUGUCAGAGCUCGGCGGCUCCAAAGCUUUCAUCAUUACUGGUCGCUCCCUUUACGAAAAGACACCAGUAAUCAAGGAAAUUGAGCAAAGUCUAGGAUCGGUGCACGGCGGCACUUUCAGCAAGAUCGGUCAACAUGCCCCGAUUGGCGAUAUCCGCGAAGCGACUGCUCUGAUGGCCAAGUCUGGGUGUGAUGUAUUGAUCUCGAUAGGAGGUGGUUCUCCGAUUGAUUCCGCGAAGGCGAUUGCAUACAACAUCCACCAAGAGACUGGCAAAUGGAUACCGAGUAUUGCAGUACCUACCACUCUGAGCGUUGCAGAAACUACUCAGAACGCUGGCUUUACAACUGAAGAAAAGCACAAGAUUGCUGUGAGCGAUCCCGAGCUUGUUCCUAAAGCGGUGGUAUACGAUGGCGAGAUCGCUCUGCAUACGCCGUUGACCUUGUGGACAAGCACUGGAAUUCGAUCGUUGGACCACGCUGUCGAGCUCAUGUACCAUCCACUUGCAUCCGAGAUCCCCACCAAACGCAUGUGCCUCGAGGCCAUCAAAGAUCUGUUCACCUAUCUACCGCAAUCAAAAUCGAAUCCAGAGGAUGCUGACGUCCGUACGAAGCUUUUCCUCGCAUGUUAUGCUUCACUAUUUCCGUUCCUCUACACCGGUGGCGUAGGUCUCAGCCACAGCAUCGGCCAUGCGAUCGGCGCAACCUACUCGAUACCACAUGGUAUUACCAGCUGUCUCAGUCUAGCGCCCACAGUACAUUUCAAGGCCAACAAUCCGGAAGAAGCGAAACAGAUUGCAAGAAUCAUUCCGUAUAUCGGCAAGCAGAGCACCGGAAGUGACGAGAAAGAUUCCCAUAUAGUGGCGGAUGCGAUUGCCGAGUUGGUCGAAGCUUUAGGGCAUAAGACCACGCUGACUGCUUAUAACGUUCCAACCGGCGAUGCGGAGGAAGAGGCCAUUGCCUCGCGUGCAUUGCAUAGUAAAGAGCACAAGGACUUUGCAAACUCGAAGCCUUCCGGGCCUUUAGAGGCCUGGAAGCAGAAUCGAAACGCUUUUCCGCGGGCAAAAUGGCGGAUAAGUUCUCUUCCGCCGCAAGUGUGGAGUCCUUGGCGACCCCGAACCUCCACCGGCGCCGGCACGGCAUGUGCUUCGGUACGCCUGAUUGCGUUUAGUGUCGAUAUGCAAGCUCUCAAAAGUCGUGUGGGGAACGCAAUCGGUCUGCACUUCGAGCGACAGCGGCAGAGCAUUACGUUGGGGCAGUUUCCACACACGACACAUUCCAAGAUGCAACGAACGUUCCUUUUCGCGGCGCGCCGCAGUGCGCCUGCCCUUCGCUUCUUUUCCAACACUGCCACUCGCGCUGCGAUCAACAAGAUCUAUCCUUCCGCGCAAGAAGCCAUCAAGGACAUGAAAUCGGAUACGACUGUUCUUGUUGGAGGUUUCGGAUUUUCUGGCGUGCCAAACACACUCAUCAAUGCUGUGCGCGACCGUUCAGAUCUCAAGAACUUUACGGUUGUGAGCAACAAUGCGGGCAUGCCUGGCGUAGGACUUGGCCAAUGGCUGGACACCAAGCAGGUCGGGAAGAUGAUCGCCAGUUACAUUGGAGACAACAAAACAUUCGAACAGAUGUACUUGAAGGGACAGUUGGCAUUGGAGUUGACGCCGCAAGGAACGAUUGCCGAAAAGUGCGCGGCAGGAGCGGCAGGUGUACCGGCUUUCUAUACGCCCGCGGCCUACGGAACAAUAGUGCAAACCGGCGAGCUCCCCGUUCAGUACAACACAGAUGGAACGAUCGCAAAGAUGGCGCCUCCCAAAGAGACACGCGAAUUCAACGGCAAAGCAUACGUGAUGGAAGAGGCCAUCUUCGGAGACUACGCGUUCGUGAAGGUCGCGAAAGCGGACCGUCUCGGCAACUGCACUUUCCGCAAAGCACAGAACAACUUCAACGAAGCUAUGGGAAAGAACGCUAAGAUGACGAUCGUUGAAGCUGAUGAGAUUGUCGAGGAUGGAGUCAUUGCACCGGAAGAAAUUCAUCUGCAGGGUAUCUACGUCAAGAGGGUCAUUAAGAGUACGGAAGAGAAGAAGAUUGAGCGCCUGGUACAUUACAAGGACCCCGAAGAGCAGAAACGUGCAAUCCUUGAGGCAGGCUCCUCUGAAGCAUCCCAGAAACGCGAGCGUAUCAUCAAACGGGCGGCACAGGAACUCAAGGAUGGAAUGUAUGUCAAUCUCGGUAUCGGCAUGCCCCUCGCAGCACCUGCUUUCCUUCCUAAGGGUGUCGAGAUCGUUUUGGAGUCGGAGAACGGAAUCCUUGGAAUGGGCGGAUACCCUAAGCCUGGAGAGGAGGACCCGGACCUGAUUAACGCUGGCAAGGAAACUGUCACUUUGAUCAAGGGUGCCUCGACAUUUGGCAGCCACGAAUCAUUCGGCAUGAUCAGAUCAGGCAGGAUCGACGUCGCCAUGCUCGGAGCUAUGCAGGUGAACACUUAUGGAGACCUUGCCAACUUCAUGCUUCCAGGAAAGGUCAAAGGCAUUGGCGGUGCCAUGGACCUCGUCGCCAACCCCUCGCAGACAAAGGUUGUCAUCACCAUGGAGCACACCGACAAGAAGGGAAACCCCAAGAUCCUCAAGCAAUGCACUUUCCCGCUUACCGGCCAGAAGUGCGUAUCGACCAUCAUCACUGACCUUGCUGUCUUCGAUGUCAGCCCUACCGAAGGGCUCACUCUGAAAGAAGUCGCAAAGGGUGUCACUGUUGACGAGGUUAAGGCGAAGACCGAGGCACCUUUCAAGGUGGCUGAGGACUUGAAGGAGAUGGAAAUAUAG